AUGCCGGAGUUGCGUAGCGGAUUUCGCCAGCGCCGCGAUGCUCAGACUGUAGCGGCGGGGGCGAAGGCAACGAGGAAAAAAGAGGCGAAAAGUAAAGCCGCAGGUGGUUCUGGAAAUUAUAUUAAAACUCGAGCCGCCAAGGCCAAAGCGGCGCUCACAGAAGCAAACCUCAAACAACAACAUUUAGGAACCGACGUUGGACAACAACUAGAAAAGGGGAAAGAGGAGGCUAGAAUCCAAAAGCCUAAAGCAAAAAUUGUUAGGCAAAAGGUAAAGGUGAAGGAAUCUGUGGUGCCUGUGGUGGUGAUCGAGGACGAAGAUAAAACAAUGGCUGAUGAAAGUGGGAACUUGAGUGCCAAAGGGAGUGCCGAUGAGGAUGGAACUCCUCCAUCUUUUCCUGAUACGGUUCAAGUUGGAGGCUCGCCAUCGUAUAAGGUUGAGAGGAAACUAGGUAAAGGUGGUUUUGGACAGGUGUUUGUGGGUAGAAGAGUUUCUGGAGGAAAUGAACGGGCAACUGGUGCUGGAGCAUUGGAGGUGGCUUUGAAGUUUGAGCAUAAAAAUAGCAAAGGCUGUAACUAUGGUCCUCCAUAUGAAUGGACAGUUUACAACACCCUUGGGGGUAGUCAUGGUGUGCCUAAAGUUCAUUACAAAGGAAGACAAGGAGACUACUAUGUAAUGGUAAUGGACAUGUUAGGCCCUAGUUUGUGGGAUGUAUGGAAUUCUUCUGGGCAAUCAAUGUCUACAGAAAUGGUUGCCUGCAUUGCAGUUGAGGCCUUGUCAAUACUGGAAAAACUGCAUGCAAAAGGGUAUGUGCAUGGGGAUGUAAAGCCCGAGAACUUUUUGCUUGGCCAACCAGCAACCUCUCAAGAGAAAAAGUUGUUUCUUGUGGACUUAGGAUUAGCGUCAAAGUGGAGAGACACCUCAAGAGGGCAACAUGUUAGAUAUGAUCAACGUCCUGACAUGUUUAGAGGGACAGUUCGAUAUGCCAGUGUCCAUGCUCACUUGGGAAGGACUGCCACUAGAAGGGAUGAUUUAGAAUCGCUUGCAUACACCCUAAUAUUCCUUCACCGAGGCAGGUUGCCAUGGCAAGGUUAUCAGGGUGACAACAAAUCAUUCCAGGUGGCGAAGAAAAAGAUGUUAACGCCUAUUGAUGUGCUAUGUAACUGCUGCCCACCUGCCAUGAAAGAAUUCUCAGAGACUGUUGUUAACUUAAAAUUUGAUGAGGAGCCCAACUAUUCUAAGUUAAUUUCUAUGUUUGCGGGCAUUAUCGGAGCUGAUCCUUCUGUCAGGCCAUUAAAUACAGAUGGUGCUCAAAAGAUUAUCCAAAUUGGCCAAAAACGGACUAGAUUGAAUCUUGAAGAGGAAGAGGAACAACCCCGGAAGAAAAUUCGAAUGGGUCUUCCUGCUUCACAAUGGGUCUCAAUUUACAAUGCCCGGAAACCUAUGAAACAGCGAUACCAUUAUAAUGUCUCGGAUGCGAGGUUAACUCAACAUGUGGAAAGAGGCAUCGAGGAUGGCUUAUAUAUAAGUUCUGUGGCAUCUUGUUCCAACUUAUGGGCUAUAAUUAUGGAUGCUGGGACUGGUUUCACCAGCCAAGUUUUUGAAAUAUCACCUCUAUUUUUGCACAAGGAGUGGAUAAUGGAGCAGUGGGACAAGAACUAUUAUAUCAGCUGUCUUGCAGGAGCUAGUAAUGGAAGUGGGCUAGUGGUAAUGUCAAAAGGCACAUCUUAUAGCCAGCAAUCCUACAAAGUUAGUGAUUCUUUUCCAUUCAAGUGGAUUAACAAGAAGUGGAAGGAAGGUUUUCAUGUCACCUCAAUGGCUACUGCUGGUACUCGAUGGGCUGUUGUCAUGUCUCGCAACUCUGGCUUCAGUGAACAGGUUGUGGAGCUUGAUUUCCUUUAUCCUAGUGAGGGUAUCCACAAACGUUGGGAUAGUGGUUACCGUAUUACAGCCACAGCUGCUACUAUGGAUCAAGCGGCGCUUAUUUUGAGUAUACCUAGACGCAAAAUCACCGAGGAGACUCAGGAAACUCUGCGGACAUCGCAAUUUCCUAGUACCCAUGUUAAGUCCAGAUUGCCGCCAAUUCAGAUCGCCGUGGUUUUUUACGCCGGAGCUCCUAACCACCCAUUACGAUGA